AUGAUACAAAGCAGAAAUAGUACAGACUUGGGAAUACCGCAUUACAACAUCUCACUCUUUCAUUUCUUAUACAUUGGUGAUCCUUCGAGUUUACUAGCACAUAGAUCAUCCGGAGUCUCCAUCAAGACAUUUUUGUCCUCCUUGAUAUUUUCUAUUGUGUUGACGAUAGUCCAAAUUUUUUUGUUUUCAUAUCUUAGACCAAAAGCUCCUCAAAUAUAUCAGCCAAGAAGUUUCUAUGUUGAAGAUAAGCACAAGGUAGAAAGAUUAUCAGAGAAAUUCUUCGGAUGGGUCAUUCCGUCAAUCAGCUAUGAUAUUUCAGAAUACAUUGAGUUAUCAGGCUUAGAUGCUUACUUCUGCUUGAGAUUUUUGAGAUUUUUGGUAAUCAUUUCAUUGAUUUUGGCAGUUAUUAACGUCCCAGUACUUCUUCCCAUCAAUUAUACUGGAAGUACAGGGGAUAGUAGGGUACAUGGGCUCGACAGAUUAACAUGGUCAAAUAUCGCACCAAAUAAGGCAACACACUUCAAUUUCCAUUUCAUUUUAGCAAUAAUAACCAUUAUCAUAACACAUUAUUUAAUAUUUUAUGAGCUUCGAAUGUUCAUAAAAGUGAGGCAUAAUUUUAUCUUGAAAAACAGAGACGCCGAGUCAGUAAUGAUGAUUGAUAAUAUUCCUGAAUAUUAUAAACAAAUAUACUUGGAAAAUAAUUUAAGAAGCAAUCCUCUUCUUUCAUCUCUCAACUGUCUUCCAGGUAAAAUCAAGAAUAUUUGGUUCAUUUAUCGAUUCACCGAAUUGGAAGUGUUACAUGAGCGAAGCAAAAGCCUUCUUCGAUCAUUAGAGAAAUUGGAGACAGAAAUUUUGACGAAUAACUGGAAAUUUUAUAGAAACCAAGAUAUUCUCACUAACCUAGUAAUUGCAAAUAGUUCCAACAUAUCGACUCCAAUAGUUAUCGAACUUGAAUCUAUGAAUCGAGAUGACCUAGUAAUUCAACAAGCGUUACAAGAUAAUCAAAAACAAAUCAGUGCGAGAAAAAAAAGAUUUCAAAGAUCAUAUUUGCUUUUCAAAUGGGGAGAAAUCGAAAUAAAUAUUCCUUUUUUUGGUGAGGAAAUUGAUAUGGUUGAUCUUCUAAUUCAAAAAUACCUUGAAAAUAAGGAAGCAUUUUUAGAAAUGAGAAACAUAUUGUUAAAUGAUAGGAUCCCAUGCUAUCAUAAGAUGUUUGUUCAAUUCAACAACAAAGUGAGUGCCUACAUAGCAAAACAAAUACUCCUUAGUUCAGACCCUAACAAAAGCAAUUUUAAAGUGAUUGAAAUAAACCCCAAAGAUAUUAUUUGGAAUAAUGUUCAGCUCAACAAUUUCUGGUUGAAAAAAUUCAGAUAUUUCACUUCGAAUGCAUUGAAGCUCUUCUUGGUUAUUUUUUGGACAAUACCAACCAUGAUGAUAGGGUCAUUUUCACAAAUGGAAUACUUCACUUUUGCUUUCCCGUUAUUUUCUUGGAUUGACACGUCUUCAAAUACUGUAAAAAAUUUUAUUUCAGGCGUUUUUCCGGCUUUGAGUUUAAUCAUCAUCACAGAGCUCAUUCCAAUCAUUUUCAGAUGGCUAUCGAUCUUGAAAGGAAAACUUACAGGCGCGGAAGUUGAGAUAGAUAUACAAAAUUGGUGUUUCACAUUCUUUUUUAUUCACGUAUUCUUGAUUGUUACUGUUUCUUCGAGUGUUACGGCAAUAUUUGAAAACUUCAUUAACAACCCAGUGUCUCUUCCAACAUUGUUGGCUACAAAUAUCCCAAAGGCUUCAAAUUUUUUCCUUUCAUUCAUAUUAUUGAGAGGAUUGGCAUAUGCAGGAAGCAACAUGUUGCAACCAUAUCUAUUACUCAAAAAUUUCAUUUUCAAUCCAUUGUUACGACCAAUGACUCCCCGGGAAAAAUUCAAACAAAUUUCAAACUUAGAAUCCCUACAAUGGGGAUCGAUAUAUCCAAUAUAUUCAAUUUUAGGAUCCUUAUCAAUAAUUUUCUCUGUCAUUGCACCAUUGAUAUUGAUAUGCAGUGCAGCUUCUUUCAUUUUGAUUUUCAUUUCAUUCAAAUAUUCUUUGAAGUUUUGUCACAGUCCAACUAACUACUCUGAAACUUACGGCAAGUUCUAUCCAGUGGCAUUGAAUCAAUUAUACUAUGGGAUCUAUUGUCUUGAAAUCUGUUUAGUUGGACUAUUCCUAUUUGUCAGGAAUGAAAACGAUGAUUCAAUCUGUUUUAAACACAGUGCAUUCAUGGUUCUAAUAUUUUCUAUUAGCACGUGCACUCACAUAUAUAUCAACAAUUCCUAUAAUUCUGCAUCGCAUUAUUUGCCUCUUGAAUAUCUUAAUGAAGAGAAUAUUAUAGGCAAAUGUGGAAAGCAAACGGAGAUCAAAAUCAGCUCAAUCAGCUGCGUUGAUCAAAAUCUAACAUUUUCACAUCCGUCAUUUGACUAUGAUGUAACUAAAGAUUUCAUUUGGCUUCCUCGAGACAAAUAUGGAAAUAGCUCAAAAGAAAUUGAGUAUUUGAGAAGUAAGGGGAUCCAAGCCACCAAUAAAAAUUGCAUUUUAAAUGACAAAGGGGAAAUAAUGAUUAAUGGCUUCCCAAAAUUGGCGGAGUGA